AACAGUGUGUGCGCAUGACCUUAGGAAAUAGUUGUUGACAACAGUGGAAACAAUCCUGUGGCGGCGAAUCGAAGUUAAAAAAACUGAAGAAGUAGCACAGUCUUCUGUUGUUUACGACGUGAAACAUUAAGAAAUGACGAGUUCAGGGGCUAGUAUGCGAUUCGAAGUGAGAAAUGGUACAAAAGGUGGCAUAUUUUGGCAGACAGAAGCAUCAAAACAGAAUUCACGGAAGUUUGGCUACAAGACUAAAGGACUGCGUCAUCCUAUCCGUAAGCCUGAACCCCCAACAAUGCCAGAAUCUGCUCAUACCAAGAAGUCCUCCAAAGACUUCAUCAAGAAGAACAAAGAACAGUUCCAACAUCCUAAGCCGGAAGAUAACCACAGUGGCCACACCAGGUCUAGUGACAAGCUCUCAACCCAUAUCAAGCCAGGAACAGUAACUCUGACACAAGACCAGCUCAAUUCUCUCUUGGCAUCAGUUGGAAAAUUAAAAUCCGGAGAUGUUUCUCAUGUUCGCAUCAGCAUUGAUACUGAUACAAAUGAAAUCCAAUUUGAGUCACCUCGUGCAGACCAGGAAACUAUCCGUAACUCAGUAUCAUCUGACAAUGAAGAAGAGGUUGAAAGAGAAGCAUCCUUGUUUGAUCUGGUGGACAAGAAAGAGUUGAAUGACAAGCAAAACCAGCCAACCAGAGACAAAACAUUUGAGAGACCUGCUGCAAAAAAAGAAGUGCAUUUUAACACUGGCUAUAGUGAAACUGCUAAACUGUCAGAGCCACAGCCAGCUCCCUCAGUGCCUCCACCUAUUCCCUGGAAACAUAUGACUGUCGCAGAGAGGAAGCGGAUGCAGUGGGAGAGAGAGAGAGCAGCAGCAGCAGCCACACAAAACGAAGAAAUAUAUGACCCAUGGGGUAAACCAGGUGCUGGUGCUCCACUGAGACACUUAGAGCAGAAGGAAAUCAAGAAGACAUCAAAUGAGCAAGAACAACAAGAUCAGGCAGUUGAUGACAUUGAAGUGAAAUACCGGGCCUUCUUUGCCUCAAAAGAAGCAGAACAUCCUGAAGACAAGAAAAAGAAAAAUGAGAAAAAAUCUCGCUUGCAAAAAGAGUCCAAUUCUAAUGAAGAGGAAGCUACAAGUCAUCUGGAAAAGAAAGGAAAUCGUCGUCCAACAUUCAAUCAAGACCAAAAGAAAGAUGACAAAGAGCAGAAAGGAGACACAGAAGAGUGGAAAAGGGAAAGAAAAGGAAAGCAAGAUGAGAGGAGAGAAGACAAGAAAGGCGAUGGUAAAGAUUUGAAAACAAGCACAAAAGAGAAGAGAGAUAAGAGAUGGGAGGAAAGGAGAGAGGAGAACAAAGAGACAAAAGGUGACGAGAGGCUUGGAAGGAGAGAUGAUCUAAGUAGAAUAAGGGAUGGUUCUGCCACCAGGUUUGGGAAAAAAGAGGCUGAGAAGAGCGAGGCAACAAGUAUCAAACUGCCUGAUGUUUAUAGCACUGCACCUUCUGCCAUGCAGACAUCCCUAAAAAUAGGGGAGUCAGAACCAGACAGCAGAGGCUUUAUGUCCAAAAAGGAAGAGGAAAGAAGAAAGUGGCUGGAAGAGUUAGAUCGACAGAGAGAAGAGAAGCGGCUUGAGAAACAAAAGGAGCAAGAACGCAGGCGGAAAGGUAUUGAUGACACUUGGGCUGACCGAUUUGUUCAUGAAAAUGUCCAUAAGGCUCAUGUGACACCUCAGCCACCUCAGCUCCCACCAUCUACUCAACAAGCUUCAGGCACAACUGAGUUCAGGACAGGAAUCAAGCUCCAGAACACCCCAACAAACACUUCCAGUCAAGAUUUACCUCCCCCAGCCAUGAGAGCUUCUAUACUGAUUGGGGAGGCAGCACCCCAGAAUGACCACAUUAAGAGCAAGCAGGAGGAAGAAAAGAGGGUGUGGCUGGAAGAACUGAACAAACAGCGGGAAGAACAGCAAUUGGCUCGUCUGCGACUGAAAGAGAAGCAACAGGCAUCAGAAGAGACAUGGGGUGAAAGGUUUACUCAAGACACAAGGUCAGCACCUAAUCACUUCAACUCUCAUCCUGCUGCCAUUGACGACAGACCGGUCUCAGCACUUGGCUCAUGCUGAUCUCCCAGUGGUCAUGUCAGCAGCACACCACAGCCACAGGAUGGUGUCACACAGGAUGACUCUGAACCCAGGUCUUUUCUUCGUGGGCAGAACGUUUAUGUUGACCCAGUCACACGGAAAGAGUUGGAAAUCAAACGCAAGCAAUACUUGGAGUACCAGACUGCCAUCAAGUCACAGAUUGAAGAAAAGGAGCGCUUAAAGCGAGAAGAGCAAUCGAGAAAGUGGAAGGAGGAUGCAGAAGAAGAACAGCGGCUGGCAGCCGAACGAGAGCACUUUCAGCGUCAGCUGAUGACAGAGCAGAAUAAACUGAGGCAGAAAGAGGAGGCACGCCAGAAGAAAGUGGAGGAACUGAAGCACAUGAUGGAUGCUGAAAAGGAGCGUGCCCAGGAGCAGCGGAUGAUAAAGCGGCUGGCGACCCUCCAGCAAGCCGGACAUGAUGUCAGCAGCUUGAAGGCACACUAUGACGCCAUCACACCAAGACUUCAGCAUGUUGCUGGUGAUCCAGCUACAGUUCCUGGUCUCUCCUUGUCAUCUCGUGAUCAUGGCAACACCCUGGUUCCUGAUUCUAUGCCAAGUGUCAGAAAAAGCAAUGAAGUGUUUCCGGAUGUCCACAGUCAGGAGACAGCCUCACAGCCGGCAUCUCACCAUCCGUACAUAGAAAACAGAGUGUUAACCCCAAGUCGGUAUAGAAAGCCCAGUCAAACUCGGAGCGACCCCAACAGCCCUCGUCGGGAAUUUGCGACUCAGACAGAAGAAGAGCUGGGAUUGGCUUUACGCAGGGAAAGCAGUGAAGUGGACAUUGAGUAUCGUGCCAAGCCCACAAGGAAGCAUGUUCAGGUGAAAAGUGCGGAGACUCACAGGCUGCAUGAACAGAAGUCGACCUCGCUGUCCAGCAAACAACAACGCUCUGCAAACAAAGAUGCAAGGUCUAAAGGAAAAGUCCAUUCUUGGAAUUACCAAAAUCAGCAGAGGAAGCCAGCAAUCAGACAGUCAGAGAAGGAGCUGCUUCUUGAGCAAAAGCAGCAACAGAGUCAGGAGCGACGGGCUAAGCGUGAACGUCAACUGCACUACCUUGUUGAACUCAACAAACACAUCACACCCUCAGAUAAACGCUCGCCAAGGGACCGUUCACCCGGGCACCACCAGGAGAUUGAAGGUGAGGAGAAAGGGCAUGAACCGGAGCACCCGAGGGGACGAGAGCUCAGGAGGAGAUCGUCUCCAGUUUCAAACACCGAAGUGACACACCGGCCAGGCUCACCUGCGAGUCGUACUGCAAAGUCUCAGCCAUCUCGCAGUCGCUCACCCCCAGUCCCAGCAGUCCGGCACAAGGUCGGAAAAAAUCCCGCAGAAAACUUUGAAGCAGACUAUAAUACCAGUGCCCUCAGCGACAAGCAUCAUCAUAUUGCAGAGCCCGAUCUGGAUGAUAAAGGUAACAUUCUGGUGCCAACCAGAGAGACGGACUUCAUCCCGAUAAUGCGCACAGCAGACGUUCUGGACCCUUUUCGAGCAGAGGAACCCAUCCCGCCGUCGAGAGAGAACAGUCACAUCACACGAGCACGCCAGCGGUACCAUAAAAAUUUGCAUCCAGCAGACUAUGGUGGCCACUUGGACAUGCACAGUGAGAGACAGCGACACCCUGUUCCCUCAGGGAAGGACCCGAUUUUAAACCCCAGCCUUGUUACAGAGCACCCCACAGCUCGUCAGGAUCUUAUCUUAAAACAGUUGUCUACCCUUAAACAGAACCUGAUUCAACGACAGAGGGAACUGGAAACAUACAUGUCCUCUAGUGACUUCGAAAAACAAGUCUAAGAUCUUUUUGAAGGCAGCUAAUUGACGUUAAAGAAAAACGUUUAUACUGCUGAAUACACAGUGAUAUUGUUUCUUGUAAAAUAACACAACUCCACUCAACACCAUUAUGUCAUUCAGUAAUAUUGAGUUUAAACAUGUUUAUUAGAAUGUAACACUGGAAACCAUAAAUGUAAAAAGAUAUUUCAAAUUUGUCAUACCAUUCAUAAAGCUGAUAUAAUGGUAUGCAGUCAUAUUUUGUUAUUAUUAAUGCACUUUAAAUUAUUAUUUAUCAUUAAGCUAAUUGUCACAAACGUUUGAGAAAGAGGGCGGGAGAGUAGAAAUUGUGCAUGUGUCUGUCGUGUGUGUACUUCUCUGUAGAGAGGGAAAAAGUGUUUAGAGGCUAUGAGAAGAGAGUGGCGAUGUGUGGUUAAUUGUGAGGUGUGCAUUUAUGAGGGUAAGUUUCUAAACCAAAAGAAAAAAACAUUUCUGACUGUAACAUGUAACAUAUGUUACUGAUAUGGUCAGUGUCUUCUUCCAUCACUUAAACAUCAUUUCUUGUCCUUUCCACUCUUUUUCUCAUUUUGACAUCCUGAAGAUUUUUUUCUACUAAGUUGCAUGAUUAAAAGUCCACAUUUUGCAGUUUUAGCAAGUAACCAAUGAUGAGCUUUGUCUUAGUUUUCAUUUCGAAAGACAAGAAAAAUUAUUGGUUUUUAUAAAAACCUUGUUUGGCUGAAUUCAAACACUUUUCAUGAUUUGUGCUUCAGGUGUCAUGUACUGCUUAGAAGUCUUAUUAUUAAAUUUGCACUAUGACAAAUAAUGGCCUAUUAUGUAGCCCACAGGUCUGGUAAGCCUUGUUACAGUUACUAUAUGUGCUGAAUAUUUUUGUAUUUUGUCCUGACAUAUAUAUGUACAUCAAAAAUAUUUGUAACGAUUUAGCUAAUAAUUGUAUUUUUUCAAGAUGCAUCAGUAUACAGAGAGAUUGUUUAGAUUGCAGGUGAGAGGAUCUUUAAACUUGACAUGAAUAAACUUAAAGACUGAUCAUUCAACAUGUACAGUGGGAAAAAAACACUGGUCGCAAUGUGUUACCACAUUAUACUGCUGAAAUAUUCUUUCUGCUCAUGUGGUUAUUCGUGAUGUAAUGUACUAGUUGAAACACAUGACAGUCUUACGUAUAGUUCUCAUGUGGGAAAUGUUUCUUAGCCUUACAAGUAGGGUUUUACUUGCAUCAGGUGUAUGGACAUGGCUUGUUUGAUGACAGGUUGUUAUUCAGUAAGAUCCUGGAGCUUUGCCGUCUGUAUUCACUUGAAGUACUCCUGUUAUAGAGAUGAUGGGUGUUAUUAAAGAUUAUUUUUUGUAGUUUU